GUGAAAAAUUUAUGAAAAUAAAUCGAUAAAAAUCGACUUGCACAUCAGAAUUUUAAAUAUCGUCAAAAGCUCAUAAUAUAUAUCGAUAUUUCGAUAUUUCAAUAUUUUAAUCUCCAUCAGGAGGAAUUCAAAACAAAAACUUGCAAAAUUUUGGCGGCGUUAUUUGUUAAAUUGUUUUUCUUUAAUUUGUGAUAUAGUUAUCAAUUUAUUCUAAUUGAUUUUAACACCUUUAAAAAUGGAUGAUACUUUCGGAGGGGAUAAUUUUAAUUCCACCGCUGGUCCCAGCGCCGAAGCAACAUCUGAAAAGAAAGCUGAGGGGGUAUGCCCUGUUUUUAUAAAACAAAUUCUUCAAGCCGGGGAAGGUAAUUUUGAAAUGUUCGGAAUGGCUUUUGCAAUGGUAACAACAGUAGCAAUCGUUAGAAACAUUGAAACCUCUUCUACAAAAAUUACUUAUACCUUAGAGGAUCACAGUGGUAGGAUUGAUGCCCACUACUGGCUAGAAGACGGUGACACCAUCAAAUCACCAGAUGUCAUGGUGAAUAAUUACGCCAGAGUCUUUGCAUCAAUUAGACAGCAUAGCGGAACAAAAACUCUCAUGGUUUUCAAAUUAGUAACCGUAAACGACAUAAACGAAUUAACAAACCACAUGCUUGAAGUUCUAAAUGCUCGAUAUAAAACAGAAGAAUUUUCAAAGAAAGGGUACAAUGAUAACACUAAUGAAUUCAAUGGAGGAGCGCUAAACAAUGCAAAUGCAUUUGGUAGUGAAGCAAAUAACGGAUUAGAUAGCAAACAUUCAGCAGUACUUGAUGUAAUUAGAAACUACACAGAUGCAGAUGGUAUUAGUAGAAAUGAGCUUGAAAAGAGAUUUAGGCAUGUCAAUAAGAAUGAAAUAACAUCGAUGCUGGAUUUUAUGAUCAACGAAGGUCACAUAUACACUACAAUUGAUGCCGAUCAUUUUCAAGCAGUUUAAUUAUUACUAUUUGUUUUAAAAUCUGUUUAUUCUUAAAAAUAAUUUGAAUAUAAUUGUUUUAAAUUUUCAA